AUGUCUCGUCCCAACUCUGCUUCUAGACUUCCUCGACCCAUCUCAACACCUCCCAAACCUACACGACAAACUCCCGACUAUCCUUCCCUUUCCCUUCUAUCUGAAUCAUCCACCGGUCCAUGGGAAAGAGGUCGAAUGCAUUCCAACGCCCGUUCGCCGCCUACGCAUCUUCAAUUAGCUGAACAACUUCGACGACAUGCCGAACCAAUAUCACCUCGAUCGAAAUUAAACACCACUACUUCAUCUGGUGCGAUUCAUGUUUCAUCGACUAAAUCCCCUUGGCCGGCUUCCAAACCUGCUUUGGACCGUUCUCCUGCCCUUCCAAAAGCCCAAGGGAGGGCGAAACAGAUGCUUCCUACUUCGUCCAGUAUGAGUUCUAAGAGUUCCAAGAGCUCCACAAGUCCUCCGACUUCCAACAUAAAGUCGCCACUCCAGAACCGCCAAGCUAGAGAAGGGUUUGGAUUCCGUCCAAGAUCUGGUCAAUCCACUCCUACUGGAUCUGCCAAUGGUGCAUUCUUUUCCCCUUAUGUUUCCGUUGAGUCAGGUCGAAGUGAUGAUGAAAUGGAUCACCGACCGGACGGGAAGAGUACGAAAGAGUUAAGAGGUGAUGUGAGGCAGGAGUUAGAUCUGGACGAAAUGGAAGAAGUUGAGAGACGAUUCGAGGAAUUGUCACCUAAUGGUGGGAUUGCUGAUGAGGAGGGGCUUGGGUGGCCUGCCAAAUCAACAAAGAUCCGCCUUCAUCGCACACCCGAAGAAAAAGCCAAAAAUCUUGCUGUUCUCUCCGGGGCCAUCCGGACCGUACUCGAAUGUAUUGGUGAAGACCCCGACCGUGAAGGGCUCCAACGUACUCCCGAACGUUACGCCAAAGCUCUUAUUUGGAUGACUAAAGGAUACGAGGAACGUUUGGUGGAUGUCAUCAAUGAUGCCGUUUUUGCCGAGGAUCAUGAAGAGAUGGUUAUUGUGAGAGAUAUCAAUGUGUUUAGUCUUUGUGAACACCACUUGGUCCCUUUUGCAGGAAAGAUCUCAAUAGGGUACAUUCCCAACAAGCUCGUGCUCGGCUUAUCUAAACUGGCUCGUAUUGCCGAGACAUUCUCCCGAAGACUUCAAGUUCAAGAACGUCUUACUAAACAAGUCGCUUUGGCCGUGGAAGAGGCUAUUCGUCCUCGAGGCGUUGCGGUCGUCAUGGAAGCUCAUCACAUGUGCAUGUCCAUGCGUGGAGUUCAGAAACCUGGCGCGACCACAGUGACCAGUACCAUGCUCGGUUGUUUCCGAACGCAACAGAAGACUCGAGAGGAGUUCUUGACCCUGAUUCGUAGUCCAAGCGUGGCCAACCAUUUCUGAUCAGUUCAGUCAGGUAACCGUCAAGACUCCCGGUAUUAUGAGAGGGAUACAUUCAACAUGUCUUGUAAUCAAUUGUCUCUGCCCAUAGUUUAUAUACCCUGUGUAAG